CUAUCUAUCUCUAUGUUCACAACAGCAGGCAGAGUUGCACACCAGCUGUAUCGGCCUCUGAACAAUGGUUGUUUCACAUAACAAAAUGCGCGAAUCGCAGGUUGUAAGCUCUCAGAGGAUCCAGUCAGUUAACACCAAUGCAGAGCGUACCCUGGAGGGCUUCAAGGCCCAUGCAGUCUUCCAGGAGAUCACCAAGAAGCUGGAGGAGGAUGGGGAGUCAUUUGUGAAGAAGAUUGGAGGGGUGUUUUCCUUUAAGGUGAAGGAUGGUCCGGAUGGUCAGGAAGCCACCUGGAUAGUGGACGUGAAGAAUGGCAAGGGUUGCGUUCACAAUGACACAGCAAAGAAAGCAGACUGCACCAUUUCCAUGUCAGAUGCAGACCUGCUGGCCUUGAUGACGGGGAAAAUGAACCCACAGACAGGUCUCCAGGAAAUCACAGACUGCAAAAAGAUAACCAGCCUCGUCACGGACACCGACGUCACGCUUCCAGACAAACUAAACACCUUCUUUGUCCGCUUUGAGGAUAAUAUAGUGCCACCGUCGCAGUCCGCUAACAAGGACUGUGGCCUCUCCUUCUCCGUGGCUGACGCGUUCUUCCAGGGCAAGCUGAAGAUCACAGGGAACAUGGGAAUGGCCAUGAAGCUCCAGAGUCUGCAGCUCCAGCCAGGCAAAGCCAAGCUGUGAGGUAGAACCUGGGGUGAGGCAGAGGUUACCGCCCUAGCGCUGGUCUAGGAUCAGUGCUUCAUAUCACUAUCCUAACUUUAACCACUAGGGGUUACAACAACAAACCUGGUCCAAGACCUGCACUAAGGGGUAACUUCUACAUUUUCUGUAGCUCAACAGCAGCCCCCACCAUCCAACUUGUAGUGUGAGGAGGAGGGGGGGGACGCACUGUAGGAGGAAACAAUGGUAGUAGAGAUGGAAUGAUGGAAGGAGAGAAAUACUGUUUUCAACAUCUACCUCUCUUUCUCUGACCCCCUCUGUCUUUUUCUAAUAUAUUAAGGACCAGAACACAUUAGACUAGAGAUAUACCAUAGGGGUGUAGUCUACUCUUUCCAACUGUGUAAUUUUAUAUUUAUUCAAACUGAUUUAUUAUGACUCACAGAAUAUGUUUGUAUGAUGUCAUUAAUUGAAUCAUGCCCCUCCUGCGAUUUCUGACCUUUUUCCUCUUAAGUUUCAUGUGUGUAUUGGUAAUGGAAAUACAAUUGCUCUUGACAAUUGGGACAGGAUGAAUCAUGUCUUGUAUGGUCUCAGAGCUGUGCAACACAGUCAUUUCUCCCUAUUCAGCCUUUGAGAGUUGAAUGGAUAAAACAGUGAAGUGCCUCUCAGGUGUGGAAUAUUCCCUGGUGUCAUGAACAAGUGUAAAAACAUUGAUACUGUCUCAUAAUAUCAGCUUCAUAAUAUCUAAAACAGGACUGAAUGGCUGGACCACUGAAUGUUACAUUUAGUCAUUUAGCAGACACUCUUAUCCAGAGCGACGUACAGUAAGUAGUGAGUGCAUACAUUUCCCUACUCUGUUACUGUGUUACUUUCAGCCAUGUUGUUAUGACUCUGACCAUCUGACCCACUGAUGAUGCUAAAGUGAUUUCUACUAAAUAAACUCUCUUACUAAUAAACACUGAAA